UGGUUCCGGUCCGGGCUAGAUUGGUACUACAACUCCCAGCGGUCCUAGCAUGUGAGGUGGGACUUCCGGCUCCGAGUCGGCCAAUCCGCGCUUAGCCCAUUGGGAAUUGACGGGUUCCGGGCCCAGUUUGAGUGAGUCUCCCGUCGCGCGCCGCUAGGAGGGGAACUACAACUCCCGGCAGCCCCCGGGGCCGCCCUGCCGCACUCCGCCCGCCGGGGCCGCCGCGGAGCCUUCCGAGUGAGGGUCCCACGGGCCGGCACCCCGCCUGCCGGAAGCGCCCCCUGCGCGUCCAGCCGCACCGGGAGCCGCCAUGGAGAGCAGGUGCUACGGCUGUGCCGUCAAGUUCACCCUCUUCAAGAAGGAGUACGGCUGUAAGAAUUGUGGCAGGGCCUUCUGUUCUGGCUGCCUGAGCUUCAGUGCCGUGGUGCCUCGAGCUGGCAACACCCAACAGAAAAUCUGCAAGCAGUGCCACGAGGUCCUGACCAGAGGGUCUUCUACGAAUGCUUCCAAGUGGUCACCCCCUCAGAACUAUAAGAAGCGUGUGGCGGCCUUGGAAAUCAAGCAGAAGUCGAAGACUUCCUGGAACCAAGGACUGACCCAAGAAGACCAAGUCAUUGCUGAGCGCCUAGCACGGCUCCACCGGGAGAACAAGCCCAGAGCAGUACCCUCCCAGGCAGAGAUAGAAGCACGGCUGGCCGCCCUGAAGAAUGAACUUCAGGGAUCCACCCCUUCCAUCCAGGAGAUAGAAACUCGACUUGCUGCACUGCAGGGCAGAGCUCCACCUUCUCAGCCCCCCAAGCCGACACACUGGACACCAGACACCAGGACCAUGGCUCAGCAGACGCAGGGUCUGUUAACAGAGCUGGCAGCCGAGGUGGCUAUCGAUGAAAGCUUGGAACAAGGACGCCCAGCUGCCUCCCUCCAGAAUGACCUCAACCAGGGUGGUGCUGGGAACGCGUGCACUGAUCCCCAGGGGCAGGCCGGCCAGUCCCUGGAGGAGGAGAAGAGCAGGCUGCUGGCCCAGGCUGCAGUGGAGCUGCACGAGGAGAACACCAGGCAGGAGCGCAUCCUGGCCCUCGCCAAGCGGCUGGCGGUGCUGCGGGGACAGGACCCCGACAGAGUGACCCUGCAGGACUAUCACCUCCCGGACAGUGACGACGACAAGGAGGAGGAGGCUGCCAUCCAGAGGGUCAUGCAGCAGCUCUCUGAAGAAGCUGCCCUGGACAAGGCAAGUGGCUACAACAUCCCUGAGGAGCGGGCUCCUCGCUCCCGACCCAAACCCUGCUUGGCAAAGCCUGAGGCCCAGGCCAGGACUCCCAGACCUGAGAGUGAGGAGGAGGAGGAGCUGCCCUGGUGCUGCAUCUGCAAUGAGGAUGCCACGCUGCGCUGUGCUGGCUGCGACGGAGACCUCUACUGUGCCCGCUGCUUCCGGGAGGGCCACGAUGCCUUUGAGCUUAAAGAGCACCAGACGUCAGCCUACCACCCGCCACGAACCAGGCAUGCGCACUGAGGAAACCCGGGCCCUCCGGGGAAGGCAGGGAUGCAGGCAGCCUGCAGGCAGGGCUCCUACCUCUGCCGCCAAUCUCAGCAUCCACGGACAGCAGGCCGGGCACCCCUGGUGGUGGACACACCACUGCCUGACAGGGUGCCCGGAGACGUCAGAGGGAACGAGAAACAGAGCCUUCUCCAAGAAGCCCAGAAUGAAAGUGAGACAUGAUGGCAAGACCAGAGGAGUCUUUCCGCAUGUGGCACUGGUGUUUGAACUCAGGACCUUAUGCUUGCUAAUCAGGUGCUCUAACUUGGGCCAUGUCCCCAGCCCAGACCAGAAAGAAUCUAACUAGAAGCCUGGAGGCCCAGGGCCCUACCCUGGCACGUAAUGGAGCUAAUAAAGUCUUGUGAUUCCUUGGG